AUGAAUUUCUGGGUUUGGUGUGAGAAGUUCUCUGAGAUCGUAGGAAGUCCUUACUACAUUACGCCGGAGAUUUUGAAACGAAAUUAUGGGCCAGAGGUUGAUGUAUGGAGUGCCGAUGUGAUUCUUUAUAUUCUCUUAUGUGGAGUUCCUCCAUUUUGGGUAGAAACUGAACAGGGUGUUGCACUAACAAUUUUAAGAGGAGUGAUUGAUUUUAAGAGGGAACCAUGGCCGCAGGUUUCUGAAAGUGCCAAAAGCCUUGUUAGGCAAAUGUUGGAGCCGGACCCAAAAAAACGUUUGACAGCCCAACAGAUUGUCCCAAUAAACAUAGCAAAGCUUCUUAUGCAGCUGGUGGAGUUGAUUGCUUAUGCCAACGCCGUUUCUGGAAUGGCUGUGCACGACGACUGCAAAUUGAAAUUCUUGGAAUUAAAAGCAAAGAGAAACUACCGUUUCCUUGUGUUCAAGAUUGAGGCUCAACAAGUGGUGGUUGAGAAGCUUGGCAGCCCCAUAGAAAGUUACGGCGAUUUCACUGACUCUUUGCCUCCUAAUGAAUGCCACUAUGUUGUCUUUGAUUUUGAUUUCACCACUGAUGAAAAUGUCUAG